AUGUCUGCUCAAGCUCCCGCUGUCACAACACCUCCAAGUGACAAGGACACUCCGUCUCAAGACCGCGGCCUCUUCCAUCACGAGUACCAGAAACACCAGUCACACCACUACAUGCGCACAUAUGGUGGACAGGCCCUCAACGCGAUGAUGUGGGGCUUUGGAGCCACCCUCGGUGCUGACGCAGCGCAGGCGGUAGUGGGUGAAGCGAAAGAGUGGUGGCGGCAUUAA